AGGAUGCAAGGUAAUGUUUAUAUGACACUCGCGCAAUGAGGAAGUGUCAUGAACAGCUGGUAGCGUGGUUGUUUAUGUGAUGGGCGCGAUCACACGUACUGUUUAUAAUCCUUACGAUGAAUUAGAAAGGUGAUGAACUGUUGUUUUGAAAAUGACACAUAAGUGAUCUGUAAUAAAUAACAAUGAUGGGUCGUGCGUGUUGUCUUGUGUUGUCGUGUGUUUUGGUCCACUUAGUACAGCUACUACAUGGAACUGAACAGCAGACUGAAAACAAGAACCUCUCGACAAUAAUUUUAAAUGGAAACUAUUCAGACUAUUAUACCUUUAAUGUCAACAGGACAGUGGAAUACAUUUUUCAGUUUCCUGCCUCAGAGGAUAUGAUAGACAAGCCAGCAAGAAUAACCGUAGAAUGCAAGGAUUCCAACCGAAGUUUUCCAGUACUUGUUGUUGUAAGACAGCAAAAAGGUGUCUUGUCCUGGCAAUUGCCUCUUCUUGUGGAGACUGAAUCAGAUUCACUAGAGUACUCGAGAACAUCACGCACUUUAUGUCCUGACAACAGUCGUUAUUUCGCAGGGAACAAUGUGAAAACGCUUUAUCAAUAUAUUAUUGUUAGCAUAUCAACGGCAAGUAAUCAAAAUUUGUCGGUGUCUCUACUCGUCUCGAGGAAAGAGGAUUUUCGAAUCAGGUUGUCAGAUACACGCAAUAUAACUGUGCUGCCAACAGAACCACAAUAUUUUGCUUUCAGAUUUCCACAGAGUGGUCCUGACACAGUUCUUUUACGUGUAGAUUCUGAUAGUCAGGUGUGCAUGAUGGUUUCGAUACAAAACAUGAGUUGCCCGGUGUUCGACCUCGAGCAGAAUGUCCAUUUUGAAGGCUUCUGGGAGACAGUGAAUGUUCGUGGAGGUAUAACCUUACCGAGGGAUGCAUUUCCUUUGGGAUUCUAUGUGGUGUUUGUGGUGAAAGGAGAUGAUGUGGAUUGCUCUGGACCAGACCAGCCAAUUAUAAAGCCUAGAAACAAGACACUCUCUUUCUCACUUUCACCCAGCAUUACUUACCAGAAGUAUCUUGUAGCAGCAUGUGUUGCAAUUGCCGCCUUUGCGCUGUUUUAUAUCUUCUCUAUUGCCAUCUCUGUUGUCUAUUUCAUAAGGGUUCGAAGGAGUUUGCCUUCUACUUCUGAUGUAUUGGAUGAUGAAUGUACACUCCCAUCUGUGUUUUCACCAGGCAGUGAGAGUACAAGCACAAUUCCAAGGGCUGCUUCAGAUUCAUCACUGGAUGAAACUGAUAUUGAUGUUCUACAUGAUGCAGAAAUGGACAAGGAUAUAUUUCGAACAAAGACAGUGUUAUAUGUUGCUGACCUUGCUCGGAAGGAUCCCAGAAUAUUGCGCCAAAAAAGUCAGUUGUAUCUUUGGAAUUUACUUACAGUUGCUGUCUUUUACUCGCUCCCUGUUGUUCAACUUGUCAUCACAUACCAGUUGGUUUUAGAUCAGACUGGGAAUCAGGACCUGUGCUACUACAAUUUUCUGUGUGCACACCCAUUUGGUCUUUUGAGUGACUUCAAUCAUAUAUUUUCCAAUCUUGGUUACAUACUGCUGGGACUUCUCUUUAUAAUUCUUACUGCCCGAAGAGAUCGCAUGCACCGCUGUUCUGAUUCCAGAUUUGAUAAGUAUUAUGGCAUCCCUCAACACUAUGGACUUUUCUACGCAAUGGGUGCAGCGCUUAUGAUGGAAGGAGUUCUGAGUGCAUGCUACCACGUUUGCCCCAACCAUUCAAAUUUUCAGUUUGAUACAAGUUUUAUGUACGUGAUUGCAAUGCUUUGCAUGCUAAAGAUAUACCAGACACGCCACCCAGACAUAAAUGCUAGUGCUUAUUCAACAUUUGGCGUUUUGGCUUGUGUCAUCUUGAUUGGCAUGGCUGGUGUGCUAAAAGGCGGAGUGUAUUUCUGGAUUGGAUUCACAUGUUUACAUCUGAUUACAUGCUUGGUGCUUAGUGUACAGAUUUACUACAUGGGUCGCUGGACAUUGGAUUUCAGUGCCAUCAAGAGAGUAUUUCUACUUAUCUAUUUUGAUCUCCGUGCCAGUCCACUGCACUGCAUUCGUCCACUUUAUCCAAAUCGAAUGGUGUUGCUCACGCUUGGUAACUUGUGCAAUAUUGCAUUAGCUGUACUGGGGUUGAAAUAUCACCUACGUGACUUUGCAACAUAUUUGCUGUCUAUAUUUAUGGCAAAUCUGCUGCUAUAUACUUUCUUCUACAUAGUAAUGAAGCUUUGUCACCGUGAGCGCAUACUGGUGCAACCAUUGCUGUACAUUAUAUUGUCUUUUGCAUCAUGGGGAGCAGCUCUGUACUUCUUCUUUAACAAAUCUAUAUCAUGGGCACUAACACCAGCACAGUCUCGCCAGUAUAAUCAACCAUGUGAGAUCUUAGAUUUCUAUGAUAAGCAUGAUAUAUGGCACUUCUUGUCUGCUGCAAGCAUGUUCUUUUCAUUUAUGGUUCUCCUCACAUUGGAUGAUGAUCUUAUUGAUGUACACAGAAGCAAAAUUCCUGUUUUCUGAAUGGUUAUCAGAUUGAUGGUCUUUUGAAAUAAAUGGAAUUUUUGAUUUGACUGUUGCUAGAGGAUAAUAGUCUGCAGUAUAUUGUGUUAGUGGAUAAAGAGUGAGUGUGUGUGUGUGUGUGUGUGUGUGUGUGUGUGUGUGUGUGUGUGUUUACAGUUAUAUUUUAAAGGUUAUGUCAACUGUGCCGGAACAUAUUUUUCUGCUGGACAAAUCUCUGCAUGUAAAUCCUGUUUAUAUGCAGUCGAGAAAAGUAGAAAAGUAUGUUCCAUUAGAAGCAUAUAAAUUACCAUUCCUAAAAAUUAUGUUUCGAAAACACAUUGGA